ACUAACCUUUUAUAGCGUCCUCGGUCUACACAAAGUGCCCCUUCUCAACUCGGCGUUUGUCUCGUGGUCGCGUGGAAAGUGAUCAGCGGUGUUCCAUUUCGCUAUUCAUUCGUCUUUACUUUACUGCGCUCUCUCUCUCUCCAAUUCUCUCUUCGGUUUCGAUUUUGGUCUUCGCAGAGCAUUGCCGCGUAGCUCACACGCACCACCACCAUUGUCUGCGUGCUGGUUUAGUCGAUCAUUCGUUCCUUUCACUCAAGUUACCUUGAAAUUCUGAGUGCGCGAAUUUCUUCGCACACGUGUGGUGCUAUUGGCGGCACAAACCGGGGAGCGCAGCUUAUCACUGUGCCCAACCCUUUUUGAUUACUUGAAAUUUUCUGCCGAGUGCAAGGUUACCAAGUUUCAUGGAUGAUGACCUUUUACAGAGGAACAAAACACCAUCUGUUGUCAUAAAAGCGAUAAAGUUCGAUGUCUUAACUGAAGAAGAUAUAGAGAAUAUCUCUGUUUUGGAGAUAAAUGCAGCCGGGCAGGUCACUGGGUCAAAUUUGGGAUUGCCAAAUGCAUCUGAUGAGUGUGCCACAUGUGGCACUAAAGACAAAAAGUUCUGUGAAGGUCAUUUUGGAGUAAUCAAAUUUCCUACUCCCAUACUCCAUCCAUAUUUUAUGUCAGAAAUUGCGCACAUCUUGAACAAGAUUUGCCCUGUUUGUAAAUCUAUUCGUCACAAAUCCAAGGGUGCUCGAUUAAUCUAUGGAACCAAGCGGUCUAAUGAUUGCAAUUAUUGUUCUGUGUAUCCAUCAAUGCAAUUUAGAGUUUCCUCCAACGAUCUCUUUAGAAGAACUGCAAUUAUUGUUGAAGUAAAGGCUUCAAAGAAAACUUUGGGAACAGAAAUACCUGCUGAUUUUUGGAAUUUUAUUCCUUGUGAUGCUCAACAAGAAGAAAAUUAUGUAAAUAGAAGGGUUUUAUCCCCUGUGCAGGUUAAUUAUUUGUUGAAUGAUGUUGAUCCAGACUUUAUUGAAAAAUAUAUUCCAAGAAAGAAUUUGCUGUGUCUUAAUUGCUUCCCGGUGACUCCAAAUUGUCAUCGUGUGACAGAAGUCCCUUAUGCAAUUUCUAGUGGAAGCCGGUUGAGUUUUGAUGACAGGACUCGAUCUUGUAAGAAAUUGGUUGAUUUCAGGGGUACAGCCAAUGAAUUAAGUUCUCGUGUUUUGGAUUGCCUGAGGAUCUCUAAGCUAAAUCCUGAUAAAACCCCAAAUAGUAUUUUUGCUGAUAUCCAGCAAAGAAAGAUUGGAGAAAAUGCUUUCAAUUCUUCUGGUUUAAGAUGGAUAAAAGAUGUGGUUCUUGGAAAACGCAAUGACAGUUCAUUCCGUACUGUGGUUGUUGGUGAUCCAGACCUUGAGCUUAGUGAAAUUGGUAUACCUUGUCAUAUUGCUGAAAGUUUGCAGGUUUCUGAGUAUGUGAAUAGGCAGAAUAGGGAGAAGCUACUUUAUUGUUGUGAGCUACACUUGUUAGAGAAGGGGAAAAUAAAUGUCUGCAGAAAGGGUAGUAUAGUUCAUCUGUAUAAAAAGGAAGAUCUACAAAUAGGUGACAAAUUUUAUAGGCCUCUUGCUGAUGGGGAUAAAGUGCUGAUAAAUAGGCCCCCUUCCAUACAUCAACAUUCUAUGAUUUCUCUCACAGUUAGGGUCCUUCCAAUAUCUUCUGUAGUGUGUAUUAACCCACUCUGUUGUUCCCCACUACGUGGGGAUUUUGAUGGUGAUUGCCUUCACGGGUAUAUUCCACAAUCGGUUACUGCAAGAAUUGAGCUUAAUGAGCUGGUUGCUUUAGAUAGGCAAUUGAUUAAUGGGCAAAGUGGUAGAAAUCUUCUUUCACUUUCCCAAGAUAGUUUGACUGCUGCAUAUUUGCUAAUGGAAGAUGGGGUCCUUUUGAAUGUUUAUCAAAUGCAGCAGCUUCAAAUGCUUUCUAUUUCUAACAAAAGAUUAAUACCUCCUGCAGUUGUUAAAGCUCCCUCUAGUAAUAGCUCACUUUGGAAUGGGAAGCAAUUAUUCAGCAUGCUUUUGCCGUAUGAUUUUGACUAUUCUUUUCCUUCAGAUGGUGUUGUUGUUAGUGAUGGAGAGCUUGUAUCUUCUUCUGAGGCUUCUGGUUGGUUACGCGAUUCUGACUACAAUGUUUUUCAGAGUCUUGUGGAACAUUAUCAAGGGAAGACUCUAAACUUUUUGUAUGCAGCACAAAAAGUUCUGUGUGAGUGGCUGUCUAUGACAGGUUUUAGUGUUUCACUCUCUGAUUUGUACCUUUCUUCUGAUUCGUAUGCACGGGAAAACAUGAUAGAGGAAAUCUUUUAUGGCUUAAAAGAUGCAGAGCGGGCUUGUAAUUUCAAGCAGCUAUUGUUGGAUUAUUAUUGUGAUUUUCUGUCAGGAAGUCUUCAAGAGAGUGAAAAUGCUAUCACUGUUAAUGCAGAUCGUCUGAAUUAUGAAAGACAAAUAUCUGCUUCUCUCAGUCAAGCGUCAGUUGAUGCUUUUAGGCAAGUUUUUCGCAAUAUUCAAAGUUUAGCUGAUAAAUAUGCAUGCAAGGGAAAUUCUUUCCUUGCAAUGUUUAAGGCUGGAAGCAAGGGUAAUUUGCUGAAAUUAGUUCAACAUUCCAUGUGCCUUGGCAUGCAAAAUUCUCUGGUCCGCUUGUCAUACAGACUACCCCGUCAUCUUUCAUGUGCUGACUGGAAUAGUCAAAAGUGGGUUGAUUCAAUCCAGAUGUCUUCUGGUACCCUUGAAUCUGUUCAGUCAUACAUUCCAUAUGCUGUAGUUGAAAGUUCUUUUUUAACUGGGUUGAAUCCACUUGAAUGUUUUGUUCAUUCAGUGACAAAUCGUGAUAGCUCUUUCAGUGACCAUGCGGACCUUCCUGGUACACUGACACGUAGACUUAUGUUCUUCAUGCGUGAUUUGUAUGAUGCAUAUGAUGGAACGGUGAGAAAUUUAUAUGGUAAUCAACUUAUUCAGUUUUCUUAUGAUAUUGAAGAGGACUCUUCAUGCAAUAAAGGUUUCCAGCAGUAUGCUUUAGGUGGUGAAUCAGUUGGGGCAAUUUCUGCCUGUGCAAUUUCUGAAGCUGCAUACAGUGCUUUGGGUCAACCAGUUAGUCUACUCGAAACAUCACCUUUGCUGAAUUUGAAAAAUGUUCUGGAGUGUGGUUCAAGGAAAAGAAAUGGUGAUCAGACUGUGUCUUUAUUUUUGUCUGAAAAGCUUGGUAAACAGAGACAUGGGUUUGAAUAUGCAGCUUUAGAAGUCAAGAAUUAUUUGGAAAGAUUGUUGUUCUCAAACAUUGUUUCUAAAGUGAUGAUAAUAUUCACCCCACAUGACAGCAGGAGCCAAGAAAAAUACAGUCCUUGGGUCUGCCACUUUCAUUUAGACAAGGAAAUUGUAACAAGAAGAAAAUUGAAAGUGCAUUCUAUCAUUGACUCUCUCUAUCAGAGAUAUUACUCUCAGAGAAAAGACUCAAAAGUCUGUUUUACCAAUUUGAAAAUUUCAAGCAGGAAGUGUUCUGCUGAUUCCAUGGUUAAGGAAGGUGAAGACACUUCUAUAGAUAAAGAAGAGGGUGAUGAUUGCAUCAUGGUCACAAUUGUUGAAAACUCUAAGAAUCCUAUACAACUGGAUUCUGUUCGGGACUUGGUGAUACCUUUUCUUCUAGGAACAGCAAUACAAGGAUUUCUGGACGUCAAGAAGGUUGAUAUUCUCUGGAAUAAUCAGUCAAAAGUAACAAAUUCUCGUAAUGGUUUUUCUGGUGAACUGUACUUGAGGGUAACUUUGUCCAGCGAGGGUAGCAGAGGAAGAUUUUGGGGUGUCCUCCUAAAGCUUUGUCACAAGAUAAUGCAUAUAAUUGACUGGACACGAAGUCAUCCAGAUAACAUCAAUCAUUUCUCAUCAGCAUAUGGAAUUGAUGCAGGGUGGCAAUACUUUUUCAAUAGUUUGGCAUGUGCAACAUCUGAUACCGGCAAGUCCAUCCUUCCUAAGCAUUUGUGUCUUGUUGCCAAUAGUCUGUCAUGUAGUGGAGAGUUUGUAGGAUUAAAUGCUAAAGGCAUGGCACUACAAAGAAAACAUGCGUCCGUUUCAUCACCAUUUGUGCAAGCAUGCUUUGCGAAUCCAGGUAGUUGCUUUAUAAAAGCUGCUAAGUCUGGAGCCACGGAUAAUCUCCAGGGCAGCCUGGAUGGGUUGGCUUGGGGAAACUGUCUAUCUAUGGGGACAAGUGGAAUGUUUGAUGUCAUAUAUUCAGAGAAGGGACAUCAGGUAGCUAAGUCUGUAGAUGUGUAUGAGCUGCUUGAAGCCAGUUUUGACAAGCCGAACAAUAAAAUUGGUACUCAUUUGCACAAAUAUUCAUCUGACAAAUGCGGUUCUGAGUUUAGGCAUAAAAAUGGUUAUGCCUUGAAAGAGGGAAAACAGUGGAAAACCAUUUUAAGAAAUUUUGUGACAGUAAAUGAUAUUCAGAAGCUGACUUUUGCAUCGAGGUGCAUAUUGAACAAGUAUUCAAUUGAUGAGCUGCUAAGUGAGAGUGACAGGUCAACAAUGCUAAGGGUUUUGAAUUUUCAUCCUCAUAAAAGUGAGAAGUUUGGCAUUGGACCACAGGACAUUAAGGUUGGAUGGCAUCCAAAAUACAAGGAUAGCCGGUGCUUCCAUAUAAUAAGAACUGAUGGGACGGUUGAAGAUUUUUCAUACCGCAAAUGCAUUCUUGGUGCUCUUGAUAUCGUUGAUCCAAAAAAAUCAAAGAUCCAGGAGAAAAAAUGGUCAGGACAUGGUGACACGUAAUAUCUAUGCAUAUCCAAGCAUAAUAAGUGACUGUCAUUUGAUCUGGUGACAGUCACAGACUCUAUAAAAUAUGAAGUGAUGUUUUCGCCGAAGAAAUCGUUGUAAAAAUACAGUGGGAAGGGUAAUAGUAGUGCCACAACUCUACAAUCACAAAAAGCAACGUUGUUUUUCUGCCUUUGUUGUAUUAUACUAUCUCAAGGCUAGACUGGGUGAUAGCUUAUUCAAAUGUCGCUCGAUGGAUUUAGCUCGUCUGAUAGAGGUAGUGCAGCAAAUCAAGAGUAAAGUCAUAACUUUUGUGCAGCAGCACAUUUUGAAAGAAAGGAGAUGAUUCAUAGAUGGGAGUAUACAAGAUGGAACAAUGGUAGUAUUUUUAUUUUUUUUUCAAUCUUAACAAUUUAAAUUUUAUUUUGUAUAAUAAAGAUGGAGUGGGUUCUUACCCUUAGCUUCUUUUUGCUUCUUCCACUAAUACUUUAUUUGCCAACGAUUACGUAAGGCAAAGAAAGAUCUAGUGGAAGCAGCAACGAGAAGCUUGUAAAAACUUGUACCCCCAGACCAUUUGUAUUGAUGAAUAUGUGGCAGUUAAAUAUAAGAUAUGCCUGAUUCAAAUGUCAUGCUUA